CACGGCUCGCCAUCUUCAAGCGUCAACUUCAUCGCGCCGAAUGUUCAAGGACGGUUUCUAGCGAGCAAUCCCGCAUGAGCUGCCUGACAAGUACAUUCAUCGAAGGACUCAUGGAUGAAGAACAAUCGACCGCAACGUUGCUUGGCCACACCUCGGAAAUUCUAGCUGCAGUGAAGGUAUUUCCGCUAAUACCCAGCAUCAAACGAGAUGUCGAAAAAGAUAUUGAUACGGCAUUAAGCUGGGAACAGCUCACAGCCUCAGAUAUCAAUUUCGCUAUUGUGCGUCCUCUGGUGUUCAAAUAUGCUAGGUUGGACAACAUGGCGGUCGUCUACGCAUGCUUCGUCGUUCGCUCCCAUUUCCUGUCUGCAGCCCAAGAGGAUCUCGCGUACUCCGGAGUGAUGCUUUCUCGAGCCAGCUUGUGCGAGAUCCUGGCCAUGAAACUUCUGAACACCUUUGCCGCCACGCGAAUAUGUUUAGCAGCUACUCUAACGGCCAGUUGGAGCCCUUUAGCUGGCGCGCCUCCCGAAACCGUGCAAGAAGUUAGGAACAUCCUCGGCUUGGAUGAAAAAUUCGAUCCGCAAUGUGCUCUCGAGAUGGCUAUUGCAACCGAAUCCAAGGCAUUCAUCUCCUCACCUGCAGUUCAGAUGGUUGUGAACGACAUAUACGGCGGAAGGAUGGUAUUUUCCAUGUCGUCUUAUCACUCCAUUCUCGCCGAUAACUAUAAGCCGCGUGCCAUCGAGGUGUACGAUUAUCGGAAAGCACCAUUCCUGGAUCAUUACCGGCUCCGUGUGCCCAAGUAUGGUGCUGUCCUGGAGUUUCUCAACUUCGCACUCCUCCUGACAACGUUCUUGCUAUGCCUAUCAAACCAAGACGUCGAUAGAAUGAAUGCCUUCGAGGUUGUUUUCAUCAUAUUUGCUACAGCAUUUACGCUUGCAGAAUAUACAGCCUCAAGGGAGCAUGGUUGGAGUAUAUACAUCGCAAAUAUGUGGAACGUUUUUGAUACGUCAUUUGUGAUCAUCUUCUUUGCAUACUUGGGCUUCAGGAUCAGAGGACUUACACACCACGAUGCGGGUGCGUCCGAAAUGUCAUUCGAUAUCCUCGCAUGUGGAGCAUGCAUUCUCUUCCCGCGCCUGGCAUUCUUCGCUGUUUUUAACAACGUUGUAGUCUUGGCUCUCCGCGCCAUGAUGGCGGACUUCAUAUUCUUCAUCGGAAUCGCGGCAAUAUGCUUUUCAGGCCUCCUUUUCACUCUUCACAGCUUAGCUGCGGACACCUGGAGCGUCAAACGAAUCGCAUGGCUGAUGGUGCAGAUUUGGUUCGGAAACACUUAUCUCAGUUUCGGGCAGGCUGAGAGUUUCCAUCCGAUAUUCGGCCCGAUCCUCAUGACCAUGUUUGCCGCGCUAUCAAACACGCUCCUCCUGACCAUUUUGAUCUCCAUCUUGUCCAAUACAUUCGCCCAGAUCAACGCGAACGCUAAACAAGAGUAUCUGUUUCAGUACGCCAUAUCAACUAUUGAAGGCGUCAAAUCAGAUGCGCUCUUCAGCUAUCAGCCGCCGUUCAAUUUACUUGCAUUUGCGAUCUUGUGGCCUCUAAGCUUCGUGUCAACACCGCGAGCUCUGCACACCGCGAACGUUUUCUUGAUCCGACUGACUUCCUUCCCGAUCCUGAUUAUUAUUAGUAUCUACGAGCGGUAUCUCGCCGAGGGCCGCAAGUGGAGGGAAAGCAGCUCGGAUGCUGCGCACAACUUGUAUACACGCUUAACUCGGAAGGUGAAGCAUAUCCCGAUCCUGGAUCUGCUCGGGUCAGGGUCCAUGGACGUUUACGACGCGAUCUUCGAUGUCGAACUUCUGCAUGAGCCUGAGCUCUUUCCCGAGGACGAGAACGAGGACGACACCCCCUCCGGGAGUCUGCAUGCAUUUCCCUCCCACGAUAGCUUGCAUCCGCAGUCUACUGCCUCUUAUCAUUCGCGUCCGUCUAUGGAAACGCCCGUAAUUGAGGUCGAGCCGCAAACACCUAGGCAGAGGAGGCACACGAGUCUCCCCAGGUCCCCUCCCCUCGGAAGGAGCAGGAGCAUGCGCGAGGGGGUCUCGCAGACUAUAUCGCCGCGACCUAGAAAAGCCACCUUAUCGCCGAUUGUGUCGUACAGCUCGGGGGAGGUCCCCACCGUUGGCCCUCGCAGUCCCCUGAGCAGGCUCUACUCAGGGCGAGGAAGCGCGUCGGCCGUUCAGCUCGAGAAAGUCAGCUCGGCCAGUGCAAGUAUUGAUGCCGGGGUGAAGAAGAUGGAGACGCUUCUGGAAGAAGUACGAAAUCUGCCUGUGAAACAGCUGAAGGAGGAGAUGAAGGAACUUCAGAACCGGCAGGCCCGAAUCGAGAAUCUGUUGUUGACGCUCACGAGGGGGAUGCGCAACGACUCCGGGUACCACUCGUCCCCUCGGAACGACACGCUUUGACAGUUCCUUUCAGGAAGAAGUAUUACCCUAUGGCACGGCGACGACAUGGAAACUUGUGAUUACGCAUUCUAUGGCUGUAUACGAAAGAACAUUUGUGUAUCCAGGCCGUCAAUGAGCACGCGCGCUUAUAGAAGGGAAUGGACAAUGCAGCCUGUGCCAAGAGAACGACAGCGAGAAUACGAUGUGG